AGUACUAUAGCGCUGUCAUCCGACACUGAGACAGGAAAAGCAAUUUACCUGGUCCCAACAUCUACCUUUCUGGCAUUACUAACGACGAAGCAUGUCGCUCCAAGUGCGCAAGCGCCACAGGUGGCGACGCGGCGGGCUGUGAGGUGGGGUGGGGACGAGGGCGGGGCCUGUGAGUGCAGAUCCGGGGCGGGGCCCAAUCCGAGGGUCCCCGCCACGGCUGCAGCAAUGGCGAUUUUUAGUGUGUAUGUGGUGAACAAAGCUGGCGGCCUGAUUUACCAGUUGGACAGCUACGCGCCACGGGCUGAGGCUGAGAAAACUUUCAGUUACCCGCUGGAUCUUCUGCUCAAGCUACACGAUGAGCGUGUGCUGGUUGCUUUUGGCCAGCGAGACGGCAUCCGGGUGGGCCAUGCAGUGCUGGCCAUCAAUGGCAUGGACGUGAACGGCAAGUACACAGCCGACGGGAAAGAGGUGCUGGAGUAUCUGGCUAACCCUGCUAAUUACCCGGUGUCCAUUCGAUUCGGCCGACCCCGCCUCACCUCUAAUGAGAAGCUUAUGCUAGCCUCCAUGUUUCACUCGCUCUUUGCCAUCGGCUCCCAGCUGUCUCCUGAACAGGGAAGCUCAGGCAUUGAGAUGCUAGAGACAGACACAUUCAAACUGCACUGCUUCCAGACACUGACAGGGAUCAAGUUCGUGGUACUGGCAGAUCCUAGGCAAGCUGGAAUAGAUUCCCUUCUCCGAAAGAUUUAUGAGAUUUACUCAGACUUUGCCCUCAAGAAUCCAUUCUACUCCCUGGAGAUGCCCAUCAGGUGUGAACUCUUUGACCAGAAUCUGAAGCUUGCCUUGGAGGUAGCAGAGAAGGCUGGGACUUUUGGACCUGGGUCAUAGGCCAAACCUGCCUUGGACCCCCAAAUUCUGAGAGUUCCCACAGCAGGGGUCCUGCUGUUUCCACUCUGAUAGAGAUCCCAGCAGCCUUGUUAGUGCACUCAAAAAUGAAUGCUGAGCCUGAUAACAUGUACUGAUCCCUGAGCUUAACACCAUGCUCUUUCCCUAUGUAUAUAUCAUGGCCCUACUUUCCAACUCUGUACAGAUUUAUUUAUGGAAGAGUUAGGUCCAUAAAUGAUGUAAUAAAUAUUCCUUUGAUCCCAGUGUUUGC